GCUUCAAGAUGGCUCGGAAAGCAGGGAAAGGCAAGGCCGCUGGGAAGAAGCGGAAGGCACCGUUGGAUGUGUAUGAGCACGGAGAUGAGGAUGAUCUAAAGGAACAACGAGAAAACGAUCGCAUGGAUGUUGACGGCGUCUACGAGUACGAAGCUCCUGAAAAGAUUAGCCGAGACCAGGACAGUGAAAUCGACGAAGACGAAGCGUUCAACUCGGACGACGAAGCCACAUUUGGCAACUUUUUUAGUGGAAAGAAGGAAGCACAUGUCGGUAAGACGACGGCACAUGAAUCGGACGAUAACACGGUCGACGACGAUGAAGACGAUGAUGGCGGCGACGGCGAUUUGUUGUCGGACAUGUUGGGCACGGCACCUGCGCCUCGCUUGGACACUGUCGACGAUUCCGCUGACGACGACGAUGACGACGACGAUGAUGAUGAAGAUGACGAGAAGCAUGCGUCGCUCUUGAAUAUGGUGCACAGCUUGGCCAAGGGACCCAAGCGCAAAGUCACCCACGCCGAAGCUACCGAGGACGUUGCGCCGUCUGCGUUUAGCAAGAAGUUGGGUGGAUCUGCAUUAACGUUGGAGGGACUUCUUGGCGCAUCCAUGGCGGGUUUGCCCGGCGAUGACGACGAAGGGGCUGCGAACGACGAAGGUGCGCAGAGAUCCGGCACGUUUGUGUCGUUGAAGAAGCAGCUCGCGAGUCUCGAAAAAGACGACAGCAGGUUGCAAGCCCCAGUCGCGCCCGUCGUAGAGGCCCGUGCGUCGCGGAAAGUGGCGUACGCGGACAAGAAGAAACAGAUGGACGUGUUCCAGCCCGUGAUAAAGGCAAAUCGGGAAAAGGAAACCCUCGACUUUCGCACGCAGGGCAACCAGCGCGUUGAAAACAUCACGGUCGCGUCGCUCACAUCCAAGUUUGUACCGGAGAAGCCGAUGGAGAACGAUGUGGCGGCGCUUUUGGAAGCGAGCGGGUGGAGCGACAAGUCGAUCUUGAAAGAGGAGGCGGCCGAGUUGGCCGCUAACGAAAUCUCGGUAGAUGAGGUUCGCGCGCGCCAGGGCGAACUCGCCAAGAUGCGCGCCAUGAUGUUCUAUCAAGAGCAAAAAAACAAGCGAAUCAAAAAAAUCAAGAGCAAGCUCUACCACAAGAUCCGCAACAAGCAGGAAGAUCGGAAGGAACGAAUGGCAUUGCGGGAAUUGGACCCCGAGUUCGCCGCCCAAAUGGACGCUGAGGAUGCCGAGAAGCGCGCGGAAGAGCGCAUGACCCUCAAGCACACAAACACAUCCAAGUGGGUCAAGCACCAGCUCGCCAGAGGCAUCAACGCAGAUCAAGGCACGCGAUCUGCAAUUGCCGACCAGCUGCGGCGCGGCGACGACCUUCGGAAGAAAAUGCAGUCGGUUAACCCUGACAGCGACGACGACGAGAGCGACGAUGACGAUGACCAUGCGUCGCUCGACGGUAUGACGGAAACCGAGAAGCUCCAGCAUCGGCUCCAGAAGAAAGCAGCAACGCUCGUGAUGGAUAUCGAAGCGGACUCGCAGUCGACGGAAAAAGCCAAGGGGUUGCAAGGCAUGAAGUUCAUGCAGAAGGCGGUAGAAAAACAACGAGAGAGGGCACUCGAGGAAGCGGAAGCGCUGUUGAAGGAACUUCGCGGAGACGGCGGCGCGGACAACACGGACGAUGAAACAGCCGUGGUGGCCAAGCCCCCUCCCAAGAAGAAGGUCAAAGCAACGCCUGCCGAUCACAAGAGCGUCGAAAAGGAUAUGGUACAAGGCACGCAACAGAUGAAAUCCGUCAUGAUGGAUAAAUCGCACAAAACCCGCGUCUCAUCGGCGAUCAAGGUCAACUUUGACGACGACGAAUCAACUCCUGUCGGUGUCGUGGAAGCCGCCAUCGACAACGACGACGAGUCGGUCGUGGCGUCGGCUGUGCCAGAGGAGAACCCGUGGUUGAGUGGAUCGAAAGUCGGCAAGAAGCGCCGCAAACGCCAUGGGAAAAGCAAAACCGAAGCCGCAACGUCCGUGGCGACAGCCAUGGCGUCGCUUGCCGCCGAGUCUUCCUCAGCGACAGAGGCAAGUCCAAUGUUACCGUUGAACGCAUUGAACAAGAAGCGGAAAGAGGCGUCGGGUGACAGCCCAGCAGCGCCCGAGACCAGUUCCGAAGACACCCCCUCAAACAAGAAAGCCAAAACGGCGGCCAAACCUCCUUCGGCGCAAGAAGAGCUCGUGCGCAAGGCGUUUGCUUUUGCCGAAGAUACAGAAAACGAGAUUCAAAAGGAGAAGGAUCUUCUGGCCGCACGCGAUGCUGACGUAAAAGUCGGUGCCGAGGUCGCGCGGCUGACAGGCAUGGAAGGCUGGGGCAGCUGGGCUGGGCAAGGUAUCAAACCAUCCAAGCGCCAGAACGCACGAUUGGCCUUGGCGCAGCGUAAGGUGGUUGAAGCAACCGAGGCCGCGUUGGCCAAGCGGAAGGAUAGCAAGAUGGAGACUGUCCUGAUCAACGAAAAGAAGGACAAGAAGGCCGCCAAGUUCAUGGUGUCGACCGUCCCGUAUCCGUUCACGUCGCGCGAGCAGUACGAGCUCGCGAUGCGGAAUCCCCUGGGAAGCGACUGGAACACCGCGCGUGCGUCCAACGCGCUGACAGUUCCAGAGGUCAUGACGCGUGCCGGCAAGAUGAUUGAACCGCUGCGACUCACGAACGAGCAGAAAGCGCCAGCCAAAGUCCAGUCUAAGACAGCCAGGCAAGGCAAGCUUCGCAAGGCAAAAUUUUAAUUAGGCAAGCAUAUCCAAUCCCAAAGGUGGAUGCUAUUAAGCAAGCCGUGGUUCGUAC